AUGUCAAAGGUUUGGAAUACGACAGGAUGGCUGGAAUUCUCUGACAUGGGGGAGAACAAGUUCUUGAUAGAGUUUCAAAAGGAAGAAGAUAGGCAGAGGGUUAUUAAAGGCAGACCAUGGUCCCUUGAUAGAUGGCUGGAAGUAUUCUGGCUGCAAGUUGACAACAUGCCUCUCGCAUACAUGACACAAGAAGUUAGACUACAUGUAGGGAAAUGCGCUGGGAAAGUAUUGGAUGUCAUUGUAGAUCAAUGGGGGCUUGGAUGGGGAAAGUUCCUGAGACUCAAAGUGGAAGUGCACAUCACCAAAGCACUAGUAAAAAGCAUUCUUAAACUUUGA